GGCUUUCAUGGAAGAGUCACUGCUUCACUGAGAAUACUAAAUGGGUGUGAAGAAGCUGUCAUAGCCUAUUGAUCUCUUAGUGGAUAAGGGAAUGCAACUCAAUAAAAAGAUCAGGAACACCUGUAACAUCCUCCCACGAUAUACUUCAGUUGAAUAGGAUGAUCAGAUAGGUAAAUCCCCGCUAACUUACAAAUCUAUCUACUUGAAAGGGCCUUAAAUGUGUGCUAGUAGACCUGGGUGUAAACUUAACUACUUCCAGGCCUCCAGGAUCUGCUGAAGGAGAUGCUUAAUACUUAAUAGAAUGAGCUUGAACUAUGUUGAGCGAAUUGGAUGAUCGGGCCGAGGGUGACCCUCUGAAGGUGAAAGUCAACAGACUGGCUUCUACUAGAACUCAACUUCCUUAUUCAUAUUAUUCCCUUCCUUACUGUAAGCCAGAUCGCAUUGUGGACAGUGCAGAAAAUCUUGGCGAGGUUCUUCGGGGUGACCAUAUUGAAAACUCUGUUUAUGAGGUGUUUAUACAGUGUUAGCUAAAAAAAUCAUUAAUUUGAUAUUAUAAGCUCAAUAAAAUUGGCAUUCGUUGGAAAGAUAUUUAAAAUAUGAAUUCAGCGCUAUAUCAGGUUUAAAAUUCUCUAAUUUUGACUAAAACUUUAUUCAUCAUUUCUACGAUUAAAAAUAAACACUUUAU